GGGCGGCGCGGGGCGCUGAGAGCGGCGGGCGGUCAUGGCGGGCACGGCGGGGCCGCGGCGCUGCUGGCGGUUCGAGGGCGAGGAGGCGCGGGCGGUGCUCGCCAACGCCGACACGCUGCUCUUCGACUGCGACGGCGUCCUGUGGCGGGGCGACACGGCCGUCAGCGGCGCGGCCGACGCGCUGCGCCGGCUGGCGGCGGCGGGCAAGCGGCUGUGCUACGUGACCAACAACAGCGGGCGGACGCGCGUGGCCUACACCGAGAAGCUGCGGCGCCUCGGCUUCCCGCCCGCCGAGCCCCGCCACAUCUUCGGCUCGGCCUUCUGCGCCGCCCGCUACCUGCGCCAGGCGCUGCCGCCGGGCGCCGCCGCCUACGUGCUGGGCGGGCCCGCGCUCGCCGCCGAGCUGGAGGCCGUGGGCAUCCCGCACCUGGGCACCGGGCCCGCCGCCCUGCCCGGCCCCGCGCCCGCUGACUGGGCGAAGGCGCCGCUCGACCCCGCCGUGCGCGCCGUGCUCGUGGGCUUCGACGAGCACUUCAGCUACGCGAAGCUGUGCCAGGCGCUGCGGUACCUGCUGCAGAACCCCGACUGUCUGCUCGUCGGCACCAACCGCGACCACCGGCUGCCGCUCGAGGGCGGCGCCGCCAUCCCCGGGACGGGCUGCCUGGUGAAGGCCGUGGAGACGGCGGCGCAGCGCGAGGCCUUCAUCGUGGGCAAGCCCAACCGCUUCAUGUUCGACUGCGUGGCCAGCGAGUUCCAGGUGGACCCCGCCCGCACCAUCAUGGUGGGGGACCGGCUGGACACGGACAUCCUGAUGGGGAACAGCUGCGGGCUCACCACGCUGCUCACCCUCACCGGCGUCACCGCGCUCGACGAGGUCAAGGCACACCUGGACAGCGACUGCCCCGCCAGGCACAGCCUCGUGCCCGACUACUAUGUCAACAGCAUCGCCGACCUGCUCCCGGCCCUGGUCGAGUAACGGGGCAGCUCUGCCCCGGGGACAGCCCCUGGGCUCACCCUGUGGCAGUAACCUGCUCACUAGGUACUCCCCGGAGUUAGCAACCCUUAGCUUCUCACCUCUCUGUCCUCUCGGUAUGAUUCUGUUUACAUCUCACUCCUGAAAUGCACUUUGGAACAAAGGGGGCAUUACAGUGGCCCCCAGGGCUGGGGGCUUGGGGCUGGUUUUAAUUAUAAACACGUCUCUCCAAUGUUAGUGAUGCUCCACGGCACGGAGUCCUCUGGGCUGGGCUGGGGAAGUGGAGCUGGUUGAUGUGAGGAGAAGGGCUGUGUUCUGGCCAGGCUGGGCCGUGGCUCAGCCUGGUUCCUUCAGGGAAAUGACUCUGGGGAUGUGCAGGAACUGUGGUUGUGCUUGGAAACACUUGUGGAGCUGGUGUUUGCCCUGGGGAUGAUUCUUUUUCCCCCUGGGGCCCUGUUCGGGGGUGUUCCGGGGCACAACCCCAUGUCAGGUCACAGAAACAAAUUCGUCUCCUUCAUUUGACCACUGCAAAUUGCACCUGUGACACAGGUGGGGACGACCCCACACGAAUCCAACCCAUGGCUGCUGCACACUGUGUCUGUCCGGGGUCAGGUGUGUGUACAGCACAUAUACACACAGGCACUCCCUGAGCCUAGAAACAGAGCAGAAUAUAUUUAAAUUAUAAAUUUAAGCAGAGUCUAUGAUAAUAUAUCUUGUUUCCCAGGAGGGAGGAUGAGAGGAAUGUACUUACUGACGACAGUAGCUAUAAUUUUCCUACAUGCAGAGUCUGUAGCCCUACAGGACUGUCCUUCCCUCCUGCUGCUUCCCAGGAAUACCCAGAUCAAUCCGUACCGAGUUCUGUGCUUCCCUCAGCAUCAACACAGCUGCUUGCUUUGGCUUUAGCUGCAGACCCCAGGUCCUGCUCAGUCCCUGGAUGGAUGUGGGGCCCAGGGCAGCUUUCCCCAGGGGCUCCUGUGUGUGACAGUGGCACGUGCUUCCUUCCCACCCCGAGGUUCCGAUCUUCCGCGGGGGCCGGGCGCGGUGGGGCUGUGAGGAGGGCUGGCUUGCUCAGGGAUGAUUUCAGUUUGGUCUCCAGGUGGGGUUGGGUGACAAAGGGCUCAGCCAUGGGGUGGGAUUCUGUGCUGGCUGAACCCACUGUGAAAGCUUUUGCGUUACAGAAUUAAUUGAAAAUUAUAUAUGCAAAUAACACGCUUCUAUUCCAUAGAUUCCAGUAUCUACAGUUCAAUUUUAGCACUGGUUUUCCUUCCUGUCCUGCUGUCCAGCUGUGGCAGUGCUGAUGCCGUUUCCUUAUUGGUAACUUGUCACCUUGCUUGUACAGCAAUAACCCUGCAGUCCAGAGGGUCUUGGGGUUCCCACAGUGUUGGCUGAUCCUUUGAAAGGGUGUUUGUUUGUAAUUUGGAGUUGUGGCAGGAACUGUGGAUGAUCUCUUCCCUGCUCCUGUCUCAGCUGGAAGGAUGUGUGAAGUCACCCAGGUAGAACUUGCCCUGGAUCUGGGUAAUGUGGAAAUGGACAUUAUGGAUUCACUGCAGGUCGUGUCUGAUGUAACCAUGUGUCUUUGGAUUCAGUCCCUGUAUCUGGUGCUUUUAGUGUCAGGAAAAGGCCAGGAGAGGUCCAGCCUCCCUCUGGCAGCUCUGCCCUGCCGAGGGUUCUCUCUGGCCAAGGGAGCCGUUGCCUGGACUCAGGGAUGCUGGAAUGUGCUGGUGGCGCUGUCAGUUGUGCUUCAGAACACUCUUGUCAACUUCCAAACGGUUUUUAAUCCUCUACUUGAAUUCCCAUUAAAUUCUCAAAUGUGCUCUCCCUG